AAAUCUUCAUUGCAUUAUACAUUGUAUAGAGCCAUUAAGCAAAGAACUAACUAACUAACUAACUACAUUGUAUAGAUUUGUACUGAAAUCAAUUUUGCUUUUUUUGUAUUUUAUCUAACUAAUAUAGGUGUUGCGUCAACUGUUUCAAAUAAUUCAGAGCUAUGUCAAGUGCAGAUCGAAUUGAUUUUGAGAUGGAGGUAGAAGUAGAAAGUGCAUCAUCAGGACCGCCGGUGGAUCUGCCGAAUCCAACAUCACCAGCUCCUUCAACCGUUGGGAAUCCUAAGAGCGUGGUAGUAACUACGGCUACUUCCGGUUCCGUUACUGUUUCUCUUCAUCCAUUAGUUAUUAUGAAUGUUUCGGAGCAUUGGACCCGUUUAAGGGCACAAGAGGGCUCACCACAAACAGUUAUUGGUGCUCUCAUUGGGAAACAAAAAGGACGAAACAUAGAAGUAAUGAACUCUUUUGAACUAGUUUUUAGUGUCAUAGAUGGUGAUAUAAUUAUUGAUAGAGAUUACUACAAUUUAAAAGAAGAACAGUUUAAGCAAGUAUUCUCGGACAUGGACUUUCUUGGUUGGUAUACCACUGGAGAUACUCCAACAGAGAGAGAUAUAGCUGUUCAUAGACAGAUAUGUGACAUAAAUGAGUGUCCAGUCAUGUUAAUGCUCAAUCCAGCUGGUAGAAAGGGUGAUCAAUUGCCAGUUGUGCUAUAUGAAUCUGUGAUAGAUGUAGUUAAUGGGAGAGCUACAAUGCUUCUUGCUCCUUUGACAUAUACUUUGGCUGCUGAGGAAGCCGAAAGGAUUGGUGUGGACCAUGUAGCAAGAGUAUCGUCAGGGGAAGCUGCUCUUAAUAGCUUAGUUGCGGAACAUCUAACAGCUCAAAGAUCAGCUAUUAAGAUGUUAGUUUCGCGGGUAAGGGCGGUGCUGGCGACCGUGCGGGCUAUCCGCGAUGGGACUUUGCCACCCCGUCCAACGCUCUUGAGAGAAGCAAGAGCCCUUGCCAACAGGCUUCCGUUACUCACUUCUCAGCAAUUCCGUACACAUUUCUAUAAUCAAUGUAACGAUGUGGCUCUUAUGACUUACUUAGGUACAAUUACGAAAGGCUGUAAUGCCAUCAAUCAACUUGUCAACCGAUUCAACAUUUUAUAUGACAGACAAGGCAUGGGGCGUCGCAUGAGGGGGCUGUUUUUUUAGGGUGAAUAACAAUACUAAUCGCAAAAGGAAACACGAUUAUUAGGCUGUAAAGCAUGGAUUUCAUGGUAAAUUGUAUCAGUUUAAUAGGUGUAGCAAUUUUUUCAUUCAAUCAUGAUACAAUUUUCCAUAAAUCUAUGCUAAAUUUAAACAUUGCAGAGAAUCAAAUUCAAUCUAUAAGUUCAAAUAUUAUAAUUUACAUCUACACAGCUCUCAAGAAGUUACUAAAAAAGGGUAUAUUACUGUUUUUUUUUAUUACUAUUUUUUGCUUUUUCUUAAGUUUUUAUGUAUAAUUGUCUAUGGUUAAAGUGUGUCAUAUUUAAUAUUUAUCUCUUUUGUUAACUGAUUAUCAAGAGAAAGUAGUUGCGUAUAAUUUAACUUGAUACAUUCUGCACUGUUAAAUGAAUCUGUAAUUUUUUGGAUAAGAAAUAAAAUAUAAUGAAUUCAA